AUGGCCCACCAUUGCAGUUUCUCCAUGGAGCUUCUUCACAAGCAUUUCAGUCGAAAUGGAUCCCUCCCAGAGCAGUAUCUCAGAUGGCAUCCGUGUCUGGCUCUAGUUUUGAGGAUGAUUGUUCUGUGUUCGAAACUCAAUGUAGCCAAGCGGAGUUCAAUCGCGUUAGAUUAUCUUGUUCGGGUGCUACAUGAAUCUUCUAGAAGCUUCUCCCUUGCAAUGCAGACUCUUGAAUUGGCUAGAACCGGAUCACCACUUGCAAUGGCGUGGAACGGAGUGGAUGUGCACGCUUGGCAUAAACACAUUGCUUAUCAGGCUGCAGCUUAUGCAUUGCUCAAAGCAGCUAUGGAAGUGGAACUGUUUCUCUCUCACAAUCGCUCCAACAAUUCCCCCGUGAAUGAGAUUUUUCCAUUCAUCUGUUCCUCAGGAUACGAAGAGCUCGCAUAUGUCAUGACGUUUAUUUCUUUGAUGUUCGCCAGUCUGUCUCCGAGUAUAGACUUACUUCAAGGCCGCAUUGAGAGUCAGUUAAACACAAGGGACCCGAAACUGGUACAAUGGUUUCGAGUGGUGGAGCUCCCACGCAUUGACGGAUGCUUUAUGCCUUUAUUCAAGAAAUGGUCAGCAGAAUACGCUGGAAGCACCCGAAAGUUGAGUAGAAAUCUAACACACAAAUUGCUCAGUGGUAUUGCAGGAACGAUCAUGGCCAUCACAUGCUGUGCCGCUGUUGGAAAGUUGGGUUCUGGUCGGAUUUCGUGCUCCUCGUUAUCAGAUUCAAUCGACCAAACACUGAUAGAACUUAUGACCAUGGCAAGCAAUUUAGUUUCUCUUGACAAACUGCACUGCUUGGCAACUGAGGCUGGGUUCGAGGAGGAUUUCCUGUCUCAUUUCGGGAGUAGAGUUCUCCCGACGCUAGAAAGAGAGAGUGUUAUCAAGGGCAGACAUGAUCUUUCCAACAAGGUUGAAGAGCAAACUUUGGCUACUCUGGCACUGUUUUUGUAUCUAGGAAGAGAAUCGCGGUUAUUCUUGUCGAGGCACAACAUAAAGGAUACUGAUGAACAGAUUAAUGAUUUCAUAAGAGGAGGUUUUGCUUCUGCAGUUACUUAG